AUGAUGUUUGCCAUACUCUCGCCGAUACAAGAGAGUGCGUGGAGAUUCGGUAAAUAUCAAAGCAAAGUCACAGAACUUCAAUUUUUCAUCAUUCUUCAAGCUUCCAUUGCUCUCGAGGCAAUGAGAAGGGGAAGAAAGUUGGGGAUCCCCCGAUCUGCUGUACGUGUGACAUGGCCUGACUGUAAGCUUUAUCGCAGAAGGAGAUUGAAGAAGAUUGCCUGCAAUUCAGUCAGUGACUUAAAAAUGGAGCAAGAAAUGCAAGAUGACCCGUGGUCUCGCAAAGGGUCCGCUGGAGCCCACCCUGUGAGAACAGGUGUGAGCUGGCAAUGUCGCGACUACUACUUAGCGAUUAAUCUCCCCGCAGGCAAGCGCCAGCUCGCAGGAAGUUUCCGUGGUCAAGCAUCUUAUGAG